AUGGCAUUGAUUGCUGCAGCUGUCUUUUGUUCCUCCAAAUUUCUUCCAUCCACCAACCAUCAAACUGCGUGCACCUCUCACAAUAUCCGAGGAAGAGAGAUGACAGGCAGGUUUUUGCAAUGGCUGUGCGUGUGGUUGGCGGUGGUGGCUGUUGUGUGUGAUGGUUGGUCGACUCCUCGCUUGGUGAGACACUAUUCUAGUAGUGUUGCCAGAGCUGCCCAUGAUCGCAAUGGUGGUGAUGAAGGAGGAACUGUGAGCAUUCCAGUGGACACUUUUGGAGAUUUCAAUGAAGCAGCAGAAGAAGAAGGAGAGUUAGAGGAAGAGGAAGUGUGGAGUGAAUACUCUGAUCAAGAUCUAGACAGUGCUCAGACCAUAUUCCCCUUUUUGGAAGAUUGGAGAUUUGACCAGGAAGACAAUUCACUGAGAGGCGUUGUCUUUAAUCAUCCAACUUUUACAGAUGGGUCUGUCAUUGCCACUUCUCAAUUGAGUUCUGAAGAUGUUACUACUAGUACUGAAGGUGAUGAUGAUGAUGAGGAUACAUGCAGUGGUUUGAUGAGACCAGAAGACAUUGUGACCACUGUGACUGGGUCUCAGUACUUGCUGGGGAAGCAAUUGGUGGUUGGAUUGAAGGAAUGGACAUUCUCUUCAGAAGGAGAAUUGGUGGGAGUUGUGACCUCAUCUGAUCCUCAUGGGCUCUUUCAAGAGGGAGAAUGUGUUUCCAUAUUUCCAAUCAUUGUGGACAAUAAUUCACCACUUCAAGAGGGACAGACCAUUGCUACUACAGAUUGUGGACACUUGUAUCACCUGCACACUCCAUUCGUAACAAUGGAGCAAGCGGCAGUACCUGAAGAGGUAGUAGAAGAGGUGGAGGAGGAACCCAUUCCCAUUUUGGAGCAGUGGAAACGACUGGAAGGAGGGUCUCUGGCCGGAAUUGUCUUUCAUCACAAAGAGUACCCCGAUGAUGAACUCAUCACCACAUCCCCCUUGGUGGAACUCGAUGAAUCAAAAGAUGGCAUCGUUCUCGUAACUACCGCCACGGGAUCACAGUAUUUGUUGGGAGAACCAGAACCACCCAAAGUGUUUGCGAUGGAACAGGAAGAAGUACAAGUAGAAGAAGAACCGUAUGAGGUAGAAUAUGACCCUUCCAUCUACUAUGGAGAAGAUGAUGAGGACCAAGACGAAGAGCUGCAACGUCAAGAAAUCCCUUCGUAUCACAUUCCAAAAAACCCCAAACAACAACAGCAACAGAAUCCAUUGCAGCACAUUUUUGCCGCGGCUGCUGAUCUCCACGAUCAACAAGUAAAGAAUCUCCAUGAAUUCUUGAAACUGGAAAAACAACAACCACAGCGUCGUGUCUUUGCGUCCACCAGAAAUAUCCAUCGAAAUCAUGCCUUGCUGUUGGAUACUACGGGAAUUGAUGAUGAAAACAACCAAAACAACAACAACAACAACAACAACAUGGUAGGGAAUCAUACGGCCGCAGCUUUGGAACAUUCAUGACGAACCACAACAACCAACAGAUAGAUGAUGAGGGCACGGAACGAGAAAAACAAAACUGCCCACGAUCGAAGGAGGACCUGGGGCCGAGAGAAUGUUAAAGCGGCACGGAACUGGUUUCAUCGGUCCCACUUACAAGGCAAUGACGAAUGGAUGCCCGAGAAGAAUCGUUGCAGGGGGGAACGCAACAACUAACUAUUCGUACUACAAAGAAGAAGGGGUUAGGUUACCAGAACAAGACAACAAGUAAACAGCUCACAGAAUGAGACGAGCAAACCCCGACGUGUGAAAAUGUGAAAAAAUGAAAAAAGCUUUGAGAGAGCACCACUUGUGGAUAGCAACAACAACAAAAAAACGCCACUCAAUCUACCGUACUAUUUGUCCAGUCCAAUAGGGACAUGCUGAACGAACCAAACUGUAUAAUUAAUUUUUAAAAACUGUGAUACUUG